AUGUCAUUAUCACCAGAAGUAUUGCUGAAUGCAGUUACUCGAUCGAUAUGCAUAUCAAAGUUAAAAGAACUUCCAAUAUUUUUAAGCAAAGAGGUAACGUAUAAAACCAAAGCCUCUGUUUUAGUACCAUUAUGUAUUGAAAACGACCAAGUUUGCCUGUUAUAUACUCUAAGAUCGUCUAAUUUGAGCAAUCACAGCGGACAAGUUUCUUUUCCUGGUGGUAAAAUGGAUAAAAAUGAAGAUGUUUAUGAGACUGCUUUACGGGAAACUGAAGAGGAAAUUGGAAUAUCUCGUGAACACAUCGAUAUUUGGAGUAAAAUGCCUCAAGUCCAGGGUCGUGAUAGAAAUAUAGCUAUAACACCAGUUAUAGGCCUACUUAGAAAUUACCACAGAGAUAAUCUUAGACCUAAUCUAGGAGAAGUUGAGGAAAUAUUCACAGUUCCAAUGAAAACAUUUUGUGAUGUUAAUAAUCAUGCACACUUAGAGUAUGACGGUAUAAUAAUACCUGUAUUUUUGAAUGAAAAGCAUAAAAUUUGGGGAAUAACAGGAAUGAUCACUCAUUUAUUCUUAUCGUGUUUUUUACCUGAAAAGUUAUAUAAUGUCAAUUUCAUGAGAAGAAAAUUCACUUUGGAUGAACUAAUGCCUUCUAAACUCUGAGUGGUGAUGUUAAAAUAUGUAUCGAUCUACAUGGAUAGAUAGGUACUAAAUGACUUAAAUAAGUAUAUACCUUCAUUUUUGUAUUCAUGUUUCAAUAUAAAAUAUUGAUAAAGGUUUUAAGUAUAAAUUAGAAUAAUUAAAUAAACCCAAUAAAUAAACUGUGAUAGUAAAAAAUUAACAUUUUUGGACACAUUGCCAGAAAGAUAAUUGACAAAUUAGAAAAUCUGCUGAUAACUGGCCAGGUAUUCGGAAGAAGACCAGACAAGUCCAAUGCUCUGGACUCCGAUGCAGGACUAGAUAAACUCGACUCUCAUCACCUCGGUCCAUGUUGCCAUCCACACCGCUGAGGAUAGACAGAGAGGGUGUUGGAUUGUCAGGAGAAAGUUAUUCAGUGAGGUUACGACCCUCAAUAUUAGGAUUAUCAAUGCAAGAAGCAAGAGUAAAAAAGUGACCCAGUCGCAAUAUAUUAUUAUUGUUGUUAAUAAUGACAAACGACAAAAUGUAUAUAAUGGUAAUUUUAUUUUUUCUUUGUACAGAGUAUAAAUCAUUUUAUAAAUUGAACUACAAAAUUUCUAUUGAGAGUAUGUUUUGACUUAGAAGUAUUUUUUACUGUAUUUCUGUGGCUUGUCAUAUCUAAAAUACAUAUUAAAUCUGUAUUAAUGCAUUCCUUUCCUUAAAAUUGUAACAAUGUGAAGUAAAUCGCACAAUGGGAGUGAAAAUCAUAAUAAAUCUGAAACAAUAAAAAUGUGUUAUUGUAAUAAAUAUAUAAUACAUAUUUAAACAUAUCAAAGUUCUCAAACUAGUCAACAUUCCAUGUUAAUGAUUUAUUGAAUGUGUAAAAUCAUCGGUUAAAUCUAUUUACAGUAUGACCUUGGAUUUAUUAUUUCUGAUGUUUCAAAUACUUCACAAGUUAUCGUUGUCACUAAAGUUUUAUAUGUCAACAUUGAAAAUUGUAUGGAAAUCCGUAAAAAUUAAAAGCGAGAUUAAAUUGAAGAA